AUGAAGCCUGAGGACGACGGCAGUGGGUCGGGCAGUUUGGGCGGGAGCGAUCGGUCGGGCAGCGGCAGGAGGGGAGGGCAGGGGGACGAGGAGGCCGGGUAUGAGAUGGAGGAGGACGAGGAGCGGUCGGAGGAAGACGAGGAGGAGGAUGAAGCAGGCGACGACCCGGACGACGAGGACUUCGACCCCACCAGCUGCGCGCCGAAUGGGCAACUAACGCGGCGGGGGAAGGAGGGCGACGUUGCGGAGGAGGAGGAGGAGGAGGAGGAGGAAGGCCGCGACUCACCCGCGUCGUCUGGUGACGAGUCGGACUCUAGCAGUGCGUCCUCCUCCGCAUCCGACGGCAGCAGUGGCGGCUCCCGCCGCCCCCAGCCCCGCCGCCCCAACAACCGCAGAAAAGCGCCUCCCAGACCCGCCGCCGGGAGCGGAAUAGGCGGAGGCGGAGGGGGAGGAGGUGGGGGAAGAGGGACCCGCGCUAGCAACCGCUCGAAUGCGAGACGGCGGACUGUAGAGUCGUCAGAUGAUGAUGGGGAGGGGGACGAGGAGGAGGAGGCAGGGAGCGGGAGCGAGUCGUUUGACGAGGCUGGGGCGGGUGGAGGGGACGAUGAGAGCUCGUCGGAUUUCUCUGGGUCGGUGAGCGAGUCAGGGAGUGAGAUCGAGGGGCGGGGGAAGCCGCGGGCCAGACGAGGAGGGGCUGGCGCGGGCGGAGGAGGGGGCGGGGGCGGGGGGAAAGGGGGGAGGAAACGCGCGCGGGGCGGGGCGGGGAGCUCGGAGAGUGAGAGCAGCGGAGGGGAGGGGCGGAAGGGGCGGUCGGGGAAGGCGGGAGGGCGGGCGGGGGUGGCGGCGAGGGAGACACGCAUGUCACGGAGGGCUGUGCCGCGCAAGUCGUACUUUGAGGAUGAUGAGGACUCGGACGACCUGGCGCCCCCUGCUAAGAAGAAACUUAAGGGCAUCGCAGCAGCGGGGGAGGAGGGCGAGGAGGAGGACGACGACAUGCCGCUCGGAGGGGAUGCAGCUGAGGCAGAGGCAGAGGCGGAGGGGGACGUGGUGGAGCGGGUGCUGUGGCACCAGCCGCUGGGGAGGAGUGAGGAGAUGCGGGCAGCGGGGGAGCCCACAGGGCCGUGUGUGUUGGAGUAUGAUGUGAGCGAGGCCAUCGACUGGGAGCAGCAGGAGCUGUACGUCAAGUGGAAGGGACGCUCGUUCCUGCACUGCGACUGGCUGCCCAUUUCCACCCUCUCCACGCUGCCUGGGUUCAAGAAGGUGCAGAACUACAUGAAGCGGGCGGACGAUGAGAGGCGGUACCGCCUGAGCGUGUCAGCAGAGGAGGUGGAGGCGCUGAACGUGGGCCGCGAGAUGGAGCUGGACCUGCUCAAGCAGUACUCGCAGGUGGACAGGGUGGUGGCGGAGCGGCCAGCCAAGGCGGCAGGGGAGGCGGGGCGGGAGGGCGAUGAGGUCAGCAGCUACGAGUUCUUUGUCAAGUGGAAGGGGCUCUCCUACUCCGAGGCCACCUGGGAGGCGGAGGCGGACAUAGAGUGUGCGCGGGAGGCGAUAGACGAGUUCAAAGUGAGGGAGGCGGGAGCACUGGUGGUGGGCAAAAGCGUGGAGGCGCAACGCAAGAGCUGCCGAGCCAUGAGCAAGCUGGAGGUGCAGCCGGAGUGGCUCAAGGGGGGCACGCUGAGGGACUACCAGCUCAUGGGGCUCAACUUCCUCAUCCACAGUUGGAUGAGGGACACCAAUGUCAUUCUGGCGGACGAGAUGGGGCUGGGCAAGACCGUGCAGUCCGUCUCCAUGCUCGGCUUUCUCUUUCACAUGCAGCAGAUACAGGGCCCGUUCCUGAUAGUGGUACCACUGUCAACCAUGAGCAACUGGGAGAGGGAGCUGCGCCGCUGGCUGCCCUCCCUCAACGUCGUGCUCUAUGUCGGCAACCGCGCCUCCAGAGAGGUGGUGCAGCAGUACGAGUUCGGGCAGGCGGGCAGGAAGGGCGGGCGGCAGACCAAGUUCCACGCGUUGCUGACGACGUACGAGGUGGUUCUGAAGGACAAGGUUGUGCUCUCCCCCAUCCGCUGGACCUACCUCAUGGUGGACGAGGCUCACCGCCUCAAGAACUCUGAGGCAGCACUCUAUACUACACUCAUUAGCUUCCAUGCGCGCAACAAGCUGCUGAUCACGGGCACGCCCCUGCAGAACAGCGUGGAGGAGCUCUGGGCGCUGCUGCAUUUCCUGGACGAGAGGAAGUUUGGCGACAAGGAGGAGUUUUCAGCCAAGUACAAACACCUGCUGGAGAACCAGAGCGAGAAGGAGAUCACGUCACUACACCAGGAGCUGCGCCCGCACAUGCUGCGGCGGGUGAUCAAGGACGUCGAGAAGUCGCUGCCGCCCAAGAUCGAACGCAUCCUGCGCGUUGAAAUGUCGCCCCUGCAGAAGCAGUACUACAAGUGGAUAUUGGAGCGCAACUUUCAGGAUCUGAACAAGAACGCGCGCAGCAAUCAAGUCUCGCUGCUCAACAUUGUUGCGGAGCUCAAGAAGUGCUGCAACCACCCCUUCCUCUUUGAGAGCGCUGACUACGGCUACGGGGGCGGGGCGGCUGGAGGGGCGCUGGACGCACAGGGCAAGGCGCAGCGGAUCGUGCUGGGGAGUGGCAAGACGACUCUGCUGGAUAAGCUGCUCACUCGGCUCAAGGAGACGGGCCACCGCGUUCUCAUCUUCUCCCAGAUGGUGCGCAUGUUGGACAUUCUAGCCGACUACCUGGCUUUGAGGGGCUUUCAAUUUCAGCGCCUGGACGGCAGCACGAGGGCGGACCUGCGGCAGCAGGCAAUGGAGCAUUUCAAUGCGCCCGGCAGUGAAGACUUCUGCUUCCUGCUCUCCACACGCGCGGGCGGGCUGGGGAUCAACCUUGCUACAGCGGACACGGUCAUUAUCUUUGACUCCGACUGGAACCCGCAGAACGACCUGCAGGCCAUGAGUCGCGCGCACCGCAUAGGGCAGCAGGACGUGGUGAACAUCUACCGGUUUGUGACGAGCGGCAGUGUGGAGGAGGACAUAUUGGAGCGCGCCAAGCGCAAGAUGGUGCUGGACCACCUCGUCAUCCAGAAACUCAACGCCGCUGGCAGGCUGGAGAAGACCACCAGCAAGAAGAGCAGCAGCAUGUUUGACAAGAACGAGUUGGCGGCCAUUCUGCGAUUUGGCGCGGAGGAGCUGUUCAAGGAGAAAGUGAGCGAGGAGGAGGGCGCCAACCGGUUGGAGAAUCUGGACAUUGAUGAGAUCCUGGCGCGCGCUGAGAAGAUCGACAGCAGCACGGCCGGGGAGGGCGCUAAUGAACUGCUCUCCGCCUUCACUGUGGCGAAUUUCAGCAGCACGGAGAACGACGCAGCGUUUUGGAGCCGCCUCAUCCAGGCGGCACCGGCGGAGGAGGAGAAGGCGCUGGGGCCGCGCUCCUCCCGCCGCCACGCCACCUACACCGGCGAUGGGCUUGCUGCAGAUGCUGACGAUGAGGAGGAGGAUGGGAGAGAGGGGAGGGGGGGGAGGCGGGGCGGGAAGGACGGUGGGGGGAAGAGGAAGCGAGGGCGGAGGGAGCAGGGGGAUGGGGGUGGGGAGGAGGGCGGGUAUCCUGCUGCUGCGCCUGCUGUGGAAGGGGCGCUGGUGAGAAUUACUCAGUGGACGGUGCAGGGGGAGGGGGAAGGGGGAGAGGGGGCAGGGGGGAAGGAGACAGCGGCAGGGGCGGGGGCGGGUGCAGCAGAGGGGGGAACGGGAGCUGGGGCAGGGGAAGCUGGUGCAGCUGCUGCUGCUGGUGCCGCUGGUGGUACUGCUGGUGUGAAGAUCCGGCGGCUAUCCAAGCGAGACGCCAACGCCUUUGUCAAGGCAGUGCGGCGGUACGGAGGGGCAGAGAGGGCCGCACAGAUGACAGCGGAGGCCGGCGGUGCGAUCGAGGCAGCGAGCGAAGCAGAGCGGCGGUCCCUCCACUCCCUGCUCAUGCAGGCCUGCAAAGACACCGUCCGAGCCGCCGCAGCAGCAGAGGAAGAUGAAGCAUUGGGAGCAUUGGGAGCAGCAGCAGCAGCGGCAGCAGCAGCAGGAGGGUCGGCAGCGGCAGGGAAGAUCCCUCUACUGGAUUUCUUCGGCAUGGCAGUUAAAGCCCCGGAGCUGCUGCACCGGGUGAAAGAGCUCCAGUUUCUGGCGAAGCGGGUGGAGAGAGUGAGCGACCCUGUGAAGCAGUUUCGCCUGCGGUCGCAUGCACGCGUGCCCUCGUGGGCUAAGACCACUUCUUGGACGCCUGUGGAUGAUGCGAGGCUGCUGCUAGGGGUGCAUUUUCAUGGGUUUGGCAACUGGGAGCAGGUUCGGCUGGAUGAACGGCUGGGAUUGGAGAAUAAGAUCGCGCCGCCGGGAUCGACGGGUGGGAUUGGGGGAGGCGGCGAGGGGAAGCUGCCGCGGGGGAGCCAUUUGGAUGCAAGGGCGUCUGCUCUGUUGCGCAAGGAGCUGGAGGCAGAUCCUCACCACGCUAAGGCUGCAGCAGCAGCCAACGCCCUCAAGGUCAAAAUCAAGGUGCGCGGAGGAGGCAAGGGGGCGUUUGCUGCUGGCUCUGCUGCUGCUUCUGGAGCUGACGAAGCCGUUGCUCUUGGUGGGGGGCGCAGAGGCGGGGGUGGGAGGGAGGAGAGAGGGCGGAGAGGGCGAGGGGGGGAGAGGGAGCGGGAGAGGAGGCAUGGUGGGGAGAGGGAGGGGCGGAGGCGGGGGAGGAGGGAGGAGGAGAAGGAGAAGCGGUCUCCUGAGAAGGAAAAGGAGGCUGAGGAGGCGAAGGAGGAGGGGGAGAUCUCCGAAGGGGAGGACGCCGCUGCAGCAGCAGCCACAGCAGCCGCCGCCGGCGCAGCAGCAGGGGCAGCAGCAGGCGGAGGAGGAAGCAAGGUCGGGAAGGAGGAGGAGGGGGUUGUGGGAGGAGCAGGAGCCACAGGGGGAGGGGGAGGAGGAGGGGGAGAGGGUGGGGAGGGGAGGCGGGGAGUGGCGUGGUGCAAGGGGAGGCUGGCCCCGCAGGACAGUGUGUUGCAGCGGCUGAAGCGGCUGCAGACGCGGCAGGAGCUGUCACCCAAGGAGGUGACGCAGAAGGUGAAGAAGUACCUGAGGCAGCUGGGCCAUGAGAUCGACAGCGUCAUGAAGCGCGAGGCCAGCGAUGCCACCCUCCCUCGCCCCCACUUGCAGAAGAUCUCUGAGGACCUGUGGAACUACGUGGCUCUGCACUCACACCUGGUACCCAACGGGCUGGCGAGGGAGGGAGGAGGGGAGGGGGCAGAGGAUGCAGGCAACGGCGACGGACGCAUGGAGAUCAGAGCUGAGGGCGCUGGGGCAGGAGGGGAGCGUGGGAGAAAUGCCAGAGAUUCCAGAGACGCCCGUGAGGGCAGAGACGCCAGAGAUGCGCCUCCAGGUGCUCCCAGGGAUGCACCCAGAGAAUCUCCCAGGGACGCACCCAGAGAUGCCCCCAGAGAUUCUCGAGAUGCCCGAGAUUCCCGAGAUGCCCGAGAUGCCCCAAGAGAGGCUCCUCGUGAUGCCCGCCCUCCUCGCCCUCCGCCUCCCCCUGCUCCGUCUGACGCGCGUGCGUCGAGAAUGGGGGCUGGUGCUGGUGCGGGCCGGGGCGAGGAUGGGGAGUUGGCGAAAGGGGCGGUGCAGGGUGCUGGUGCGGGUAAGUGGGGGGGUGGAGGAGGGGACAGGGAGAUGGAGGCAGGGGAGGCAGGGGAGUUGGGGGCGGUGGUAGAGGAGGGCAUGGUGCAGGAGUGA